AUGCAUGGAGAGGUUGUUCCUGCCAGCAAUGGUACGCCUACCGCAUCUACAACCACUUCAACAAACAGCAAAAUUAAGACUCGAAUUUGUAGAAAUGCUCGAACAGACAAUGGUUAUCUUCUUGACAUUUCCAAGAUCCCUAACAAGACUGAACAGCAGCAUCUGCAGACCAUCGAUCAACAGUACAAAGCAUCCAAUUUCUUUGGCAUCAAGUUUUUGGGCAAGAAUGUUCAAAGAUACAUCGAAGUCUAUCCCAACAACGAGAUUGUCGAUCGCUUCGUAACCGAAGGUAUUCUCUACGAAUCUGAACAGUCAAAGAUUCGACUCUUCCCGUGCAAAGCAAUCGGUGGAGAAGGCAAGCUCAUCCAACUUUCUCUUACGGAUAUUCCAUUCCUUCCUCAAGCUCAAUUGUUGGAAGAACUGUCUAAGGCUCUAGGAAUUUUUGAAAAAACUUUAGACCUCGGUCUGAAUUACGAGCAGUCCAUGGGUUGGUUCAUGGGUACUGGCUAUGCUAUUCUUCAGCAAUUACCCGGUGUCAACUAUCCAGCCCUGCAUCACAGCAUUACUUGGAAGACCGUCUCUGAGGCUGAAGAAUUUUGCCAUGCAACCUUCCCGGACAUGGCCACUUGGUGUCGCUACUGCCACGAAGAGGGCCACACGAAGUUUGAAUGUCCCAAGGCAUUGGCCCGCAUUAUAUGUUACAAUUGUGAUAACGCUGGUCAUCGUCAAGAUACUUGCCAUAAACCCAAGAAAGGAUCCUCGGAUCGUGAAUUCAAGAAGGCUCGAAUGAUCCCAUCUACCACCUCUUCUGCGGAAGCUGACAAGUCCAAGUGGGCGCCAAGCAAUAUCCAGAACUCGGAUGCGGGUACGCCACAACCCCAGGGACAGCGACAGCAGCACCAGAACCAGUAA